AUGCUUUUGAAAGAUAUUAUUUUAUUUUAUGGAAUGUUUAUUAUACUAAUUUUUCGAGAAGGAAAUACUUUGAAUUACUUAUCACAGGAAUGUCUUAGUAAAUCAGAAUGGGGACCAUGGCGUUGUCCUGGUAUAGGAACAAAAUGUACUGCUAAUAUUGCAACACGUUAUAAGUGCAUCGGUGGAAAUUGUACAAAUGAUAGUCUAUGUGCCAAACUUGAAAAUCAUACUCAAUCAGAUUCCUGCGUAAAAGUUCUUAAACGUGGUGAAUGUGAACCUUGGUGGACCAAUUGGUCAUCGUGGUCUAAAUGUACAACUUGUGGAUUCACUGAAAAACGUCGUUUCCGCUUUUGUACAGGAGCUUUAAAUUAUAAUAGUUACAAAUUUAAGGUAAAAGAUUCAAUUUCAAAAUCUUGUGCAUCUGUCAAAAGAAUACAUGAAGGAGUUGAAAAAGUCUCUUGUCCUGUGAGUCGCCUAUGUUCAGCUAUUAAUGGUGGUUGGGGUCAAUGGAGUGAAUUCACUGAAUGUUCUGUUACAUGUGGCAUAGGAAAACGUGUUCGACGUCGUCACUGUGAUCAUCCCAAACCACAAGGUGGAUUAUACUGCCAAGGAGCUGACCACCAAGAGGUAUUAUCUCAUGGAGUAACAUUUGACUUAGUUUGUAAUUCAUUGGGAUUAUGGCCUAUUAUAAGUAAAUCUACCACAACAAAAUGGUUCGUUUAUUGGAACGUGACUUUAUUGGAAAAACAAAAGCAGAAUGAUAUAAAAAAGCAUAAAUUGUGGUGGUAUACAGAACUGAAAAAUUCUCAUAUCAGUAAACAUGAAGUAAAUAAUUCAUUUGACAAUCAAACUGAUAAUCCAUCAAUUUUUGGAACACAAUUCACAUUAUGGGAUGCAGAAUAUAGGAGACUGCAUGAUACUGUGAAAACAAUGACAGGAUAUUAUGAAUGUCAUAUAUCUAAUCAACUUAAUUCUACAUAUAAUCGAACAUUUAUCACGCAAUCAAUUCAUCUUAUAAUAAAAUCACCUCCAAAUAUAUGGACUUUAGUGAAAGACUGGUGUUUACAGCAUCAAAUAAAUUUAAUAAUAUUAUUUUUGAUAAGUAUAAUAACAAGUCUUUCAUAUGCAACUUAUAUAUGGAUAAUAGCCAAAAAAUUAUCAAAACUAGAAAUUCAAAUGAAUGAAACAAGAAAGCAUAGACAAAGUACCAAUUUCGAUGACAUUCACGUUAUCAACUAG